AUGUUCCCAACUCUGCUCACAAGCCGCCCCGUGCUCGUCAUUAUCGGGUCGGGCGACAUGGGUAUUGACAUUGCGCGUCGCCUCGGAGAUAGCAGACUAGUGCUCCUUGCGGACUUCUCAAAGACACACCGUGGAAGUAUCGAAGUCAUCGUCUACACGGCUGGAGUGUCUCCGGUGAAUAACACUACUUCCCAGAUAUACAAGAUCAACCUGAUCGGAAGCGCCAAUGUGAUUGAUUCUUUCCUCAUGGUAGCUUCUCCUGGUACCAGCAUGAUCUGUAUCACAAGCAUGGCAGCUCAAAACAACACGCUGUCCUCCGCCUUGGAGCAACACCUGGCCAAAGCACCGAGAGACCAGCUUCUUCAGCACGCAGAGCUUGACUUGAGCUCGAGCGACACGAUGUCCGCGUAUGGGAUAUCGAAACGGGGCAACAUCCUCCGUGUACAGGCUGCGUGCUACGAAUGGGGCCAGAGAGGAGCCCGCAUCAAUUCGGUCAGUCCGGGCGUUAUCUUAACAGCGAUGUCGGAGCGAGCAAUGCAAGGCAAUCUACAGGAAUCUACCCUGGCGCAAAUUGAAGCAUCGGGAGCUCGUCGCCGGGGUUAUUGGGUUUUUUGCAAGUCAGGAUGCUUCAUUUAUAACGGGGACGGAUAUAUUGGUGGAUGGGGGACAGAUACCUGGACAGCGGUGGCAUGCGGAGGGAGACCAUUGAUAGAUCAGUAG